GACGACACAGCAGAUCCAGAUUCAUCUGAUAAACCUGCAUCUCUUUAUAAUGGAUAAAUUAUACUCUCAAAACUUCACAGUUCAAUACUGCUUUCCUGGAAACAAUGCAUCCUGCAGAAAGCAGGUCCGAUCAGACCCUGCAUAUAUAUUUUUGUUCAUUUUUCUCUCAUGUAUAUCUGUGGGUACUGUGAUUUUGAACUUGUUGGUGAUUAUCUCCAUCUCUCACUUCAAGCAGCUCCACACUCCAACCAACCUGCUCAUCCUCUCUCUGGCUGCAGCAGAUCUUCUCGUGGGAAUAUUUGGUAUGCCUGUGAAAAUAACACAACUGAGAGACUCCUGUUGGUAUUUUGGAGACACAGCAUGUUCUGUCUCUGAAAUCAUCACCAACUGUUCAAUAGCAGCAUCUCUCUAUAAUCUGAUUUUAAUUGCAGUUGAUCGAUACAUUGCUGUUAGUGAUCCUCUGCAUUAUCCCACUAGAAUCACAAUUAGUAAAACAUCUCUGUUCAUAGUUCUAAGCUGGUGUUUUUCCCUGUUGUAUAUCAUAAUAUAUUUUUAUUUUAAUGACCAUCUACUUCAAUCUCAAAUAAUCACCAGUUGUUAUGGAGAGUGUGUAGUGAUUUUAAAAUAUUCCUGGAUAAUUGUUGAUCUGGUUGUGUCAUUUCUAGCUCCUUGUUUUGUCAUAGUAAUCCUGUAUUCAAUCAUUUUUAAUGCUGCAAAACGUCAAGCUAAAGCUGUCAGAGCUGUAAGACUUGCCUUAAAGAAACACAGCUCUUCAAAUUCUUCUGAAAUCAAAGCAGCAAAAACACUGGGACUCGUGAUUUUUGUUUAUCUUUCUUGCUGGAUUCCAGUUUAUAUAUGUUCUCUGUCCAUUGAAAGCUUCACAACUGCCUCAAUAGCGUGGACUGUGUUUGGAUGGUUAGUAUGCAUAAACUCAUCGUUGAAUCCACUGAUGUAUGCAAUAUUCUAUCCAUGGUUUAGAGCAUCAGUUAAAUUUAUUGUAUCUUGUCGGAUAUUUGAAUCCUCAUCUUCAACAUUUAAUUUGCUCCCAGAUCAUUUUUAAUUUAAUGUCAGACUGGUUUCAGUAAAUACAGUUAGACUAGUCACAGACCACAUUCAGCACAGUGUCAUAAAUAAGGCUUAAAAUCUUUGUACAUUAUUGAAUGUUUCAGACUGUAAUUACGAAAUACUUUUUUGUGUAUAUGAUUAAUAUAGAUGUGAAAGGGGAUGAGAUUCCCCAGUAAUAAAGCCUUAAUGUUAUAC